AUGAGUUUAAACAUCCAAUUGAUAACUGUCUCAAUACUGAUACUUCAGCGACAGUUAAGCCAUAAUCAGCUCAACAAAAGAAACUCGUGGUAUGAUAGCUACGAUUACAUUGUGGUGGGCGCCGGAUCUGCCGGCGCUGUAGUAGCCAACAGACUAACCGAAAACCCAAACAUCAAUGUAUUGCUUCUGGAGGCCGGGGGUCCGCAAACCCUGACCACUGAUAUACCGGUGACAUGGAUAGGCCUAUUGGGUAGUGACAUAGACUGGGGCUACCAGACAGUCCCUCAACAAAACUACGCAAUGGCUAACAAUGGACGGGUACCCCUCAGCAGAGGUCGGGUAAUAGGCGGCUCGUCCUCUAUAAACGCUAUGAUAUAUAACAGAGGAAACCGUAGGAGUUAUGACGACUGGGCCUACACUUACGGCGCUAAGGGAUGGAGUUUUGAUGAAGUGUUGCCUUAUUUCAUGAAAUCUGAAAAUAACAGUGAUAUGCGAGUGGUCAGCAAAAACCCUGGUUAUCACGGAACGAAAGGACCGGUAGGCAUAUCAUCGGAUCUAAACCCACAGCCGAUAUUUCAGUUGUAUUUAAAAGCAAUGAAUGAACUCGGAUUUGAAACCAUUGACGUGAACGGACCCAAACAGGUGGGGACAACCAUCAUACAGAACUUCAUUGAUAGUAAUACGGGUUUGCGGUCGAGUACUGGAAACGCAUACAUCGACCCCAACCCACACCCAAAUAAUUUACACAUUUUGACCAAUGCUUUUGUCACCAAAAUAUUAUUCUAUGAUAAUCCGUAUAAUCUGAGAGCAACUGGCGUUCAAUUCGACAAAAAUAGCAAAACAUAUCAAGUAAUGGCUAAAAAGGAAAUCAUUAUAAGUGGAGGGACUAUUAAUUCACCACAACUUCUAAUGCUGUCCGGAAUUGGACCAAAAGACCAUUUAAAUCAAUUCGGUAUACCAUUAAAAGCUGACCUCCCAGUGGGCGACCACCUCCAAGACCACCCAUAUGUCGGCCCCAUUACUCCAAUCAUCAGGAAUAAUGUUCCCAUCAAUCCGAUGCCUGAGCUGUCUAUCACCCAAUUAGACCAGUUACUAACUAACAGAUCUGGACCCCUAUCCCGUUUUACAGCCCAUUUCACAUAUCAUAAUACAAAAUCCAAUCCCACUAAAGACUGGCCUAAUAUUUUUGUGGGCACCGGCAUGACUAAU